UUUCAGUUAUACCUUAAAAAUAGGAGCUUUUCGAUCAAUAUAGGAGGAUGCCAUUCGGGUGUGGUCCCCUUGACUUGUGGGGUCCCCCAAGGCUCUAUUUUGGCCCCUUUUUUGUUUUACUCUAUACAGUACAUGCUUCCUGUAGGCUCUAUUUUUGAAAAGCAUGGCUUGUACUAUCAUUGCUAUGCAGAUGAUACUCAACUUUAUUUGCCCCUGAAGCAUAAAAAUGGCUUAAACUCCCUCCCUCCUUCUGUGCCUGUCUUUCCGAUGUCAAAGCCUGGAUGUCGUUUACAUUUUUUAAAUCUAAAUGAGAGUAAAACAGAGAUUAUCGUAUUUGGGUAUGCCAACCAGAGUUUGUUAUCUGUUCCAAAGUCAAAGUUAAAAUCCAGGGGUGAUUGAGCUUUUGCCAUAGCCGCACCUAAACUUUGGAACAGUUUACCGAUCCAUAUUAGAAGGGCACCAGCAUUACAUAUUUUUAAAUCAAAGUUAAAAAGUAUAUCUUGUGAUGUCCUUUGUUGUCUGUUGUUGUUUGUUUUGUAUUAAUACAUAUACAUUUUUUGGUGGUUUUGGUGUUUUAUAAGUCUUUCAAUGGUUUUGGUGUUUUUAUAAGUCUUUUUAGAACAUUGUACAGCAUAUUGGUCAACUGUGGUUGUUUUUAAUUGUGCUUUAUAAAUAAACUGAGAUGCGAUGAGAUGAGAUAGACAGAUUGACAGAUUGACAGAUAUCCAUCUUCUAGAUAGAUAGAGGCUUGUGGAGUACAAGUAUCAGAUGUUGUGCAUCAGCAUUAAUUGCCCAGAGAUGAAUGUUUCUCUGCAUCAAUCUUGCGGUGAUAUAUGAUAGAGAUCUCAUAGAUGGAUGCCUUUUUUCAUCUGCUGUCCUAAAUAAUGACUGACUUCAAGAAUGGCUGAAUAAAAACAACAUUUCUUAUCUGUGUGCCUCCCAUAGAUAAACCCACCCUCAGAUGCCUCUGUGGCACAUCCACACACACACACACACACACACACACACACACACACAUGGGCUUUAGAUCAGAGAUGAGAAAGGCCAUCUUAUCUAUAACACUCCAGAAUCACUUCAAGCAUGUUCACACUCGCUACACUCCCAUGAGACACAGAUCCAACAUCCUAAGUCCUUCCCCUGGCCCCAUCUCACCCAACCAUGUAUCAAACACCCACAGCACACUUAUCUUUCUCUGGACAGACUAAAUGUCAACCCUUACACCAUGUUGGAAUGUGAUUAGCUAGUGCUAAUAGCAAUGAUGGAGCUAAUUUUGUUCAAGGCUCCCUCCUAUGUUUCAUUUAUCGGUUCUCUCAUUUGGCCGGAUUUUCUCGCUUGCGUUGGCUGAUGGAUGGGAACGGAUCCUGCGGCACAAAUUUUUGCCGGUGGUCGCCUCCUCUGCCUGGUGUUAUGGCUUAACCUGGUGCCAGUGAUGAACGGCUGCCCGGCAAAGUGCCUGUGCUACAGUGAGCCGAGGCCAACGCUGGCCUGUCAACAGCAGGGUCUGUUCUCCAUUCCCACUGAGAUCCCCAUCCGUAGCCAGCGAAUAUUCCUCCAGAGCAACAAACUGACAGUCGUCCGAUCGACCAGCUUUAGUUCUGUGCAUAACCUCACGGUCUUGUGGAUGUACUCGAAUAAUAUCAGCCAUAUUGAGGCGGGGGCCUUUUACGGGCUGGAGAAACUGGAAGAAUUAGACAUCGGCGACAACAGCAACCUUCGCAUCAUAAGUCCCACCGCGUUUCGCGGUCUGACCAAGCUGCACACCCUUCACCUGCACAGAUGCGGGCUGUCUGAGCUCCCGGUGGGAGUUUUCCGAGGACUCUUCUCGCUUCAGUAUCUGUACCUGCAGGAUAAUAACCUUCUGGCCCUGCACGAAGACACUUUCCUGGACCUGGCGAACCUCACCUACCUAUUCUUACAUAACAACAAGAUAAGGGUGGUGACCGAUCACAUGCUGCGUGGUCUCAUCAACCUUGACCGCUUGCUCCUGCACCAGAACCGCAUCAUACACGUGCAGCAGAGGGCUUUCAAUGAUCUGGGCAAGCUGACCACCUUGUUUCUCUUUUACAACAACCUCACCAUGUUGACAGGGGAGGCCAUGAACCCUCUGGUGUCCCUCCAGUACCUAAGGCUCAAUGGGAAUCAAUGGAUUUGUGACUGUCGAGCCAGGCCGUUGUGGGACUGGUUCAAACACUUCAAAGGGUCCAGCUCCCAGUUGGAAUGCCACCUUCCCACCUCUCUGACCGGGAAGGACCUGAAACGACUGAAAAGUGACGAUUUGGAGGGAUGCGUGGACUCUCCAACACAGGUGCAAACUAGUAUCUUCAACACCAAGGCACGCUCUGGAAAGUUCCUCUCCCUUGAUGAUCCUCUUGUCGAAAGCAUUCCCAGGUGCUGUCUUUCGGAUAACGACAAAUCCUCCAUUAUCUCCAGUAAGUCUCUCCCAGAUCCUUCAUCCUACAACAGCCGGCAGAUCACCAACAAUCCCCUGAAAGAGAAGGAGAACAUCUCUAAGACCAAGUUUCGGGAGGUUGACCAAACGAAAAACGACACUCGUAAUAAGCAGAGUCUCAAUGAUGGUCCUUUGGGAACCAUGUCCAACAACCUCGACCAGACCUUGGACAAAAUCAACCCAGAGCUGCUUGACAAUCUGGAACCUUCUACAGCGCCAUCUAGAAAGAAAAAAAAGUGCUCAAAAAAGCCCAAAUCAGACCAGUAUUGUCUAAAGGGUCAUGGGUCCACCGUUCAAGUAUUGGCUGUUCUCUUUCUCCCCUUGUUCUGGUUGUCUCUGGCUUUGUGCUAGUUCAUACUCUCAUCCAUCAGUUUGCUCUUGACAAUGACACAAAAUACCUGCAGUAGCCUACGUGGACAGGCAAAAGACGCUGAAAAGGGGGUUAUGACGUUGCCCCGCAUGGUUGAGAAUAAAGUUGCAAUGCUAACGAUGCAUUAAAAGAAAUGGAUGCCUUUACAGAAUACACGAGAUCUAAUGUAUAUAAAACUCGGUGCCCAAAUGUUUGUUCUAUGUACUUUUAAUGUGCUGUGUUUAAGCAACACCGCGAAGAGCUCCCUAUUCCCACAUCACCUCCAAAUAAGCUGAUCAGAAAGUGACUACUGUAGAUGAACCACUAAAAAAAAAAAAAAAACGAAAGAAAAAAAAUCCUUAAACCAUGACUAAACCAGAGCGCCGAAAACACCCAGGAAUGUUGCGGAAAUUAAACCGAAGGGGAUUGACAUCAUUAUUAUUUUUUUUGUUCCCAAUAUUUUUUUCUUUCAAAAGUGAUACAUUUGUUUGAUGCUAUUUUUUAUGUUUAUAAGUAUUUCAGUAAAGACAAAUGUUUAACUCUCCCCAAAUAUGUGCUAUGUUCUGUUUGCGUCAUGACACACUGCAGGUGGCAUCUUGGGAAGGAAUGCUGUCUAUUUGUUCACUGAAAUUGCGAUGGAAUCAUAGAUAUGCAUUUUAUUUUGCUGGUGUACAAGCAUAAAUAUAUGACAAAUAAAAUAUCUCAUUUUUUACA